AUGGCGGCCUUCCCCUCCGCCUCCCCGUCGCCGGCGAUCUCCGCCUCAGCCUGGCGCAUGGCGUCCCUCCGUGCAGCCCUCCCCGCGCUCCGCCCCUCCCCCGCGGGCAGGCUCCGGUCGUCGUUCUCGCCCUCGGCGGCGGCCACGGCGGCCUCGGUCGGCUGCCUCGGGUCCUUCUCCGGCCUCGCGCCCGUCUCGAAUCUCCUCUCCCUCGGUGCUGAGAACUCAAGCUUUGAGCAUCGGUUGUUUGGUAUUGAUGCUCGUGGAAGGAUAGUUGCGAUGCGACAUGGGAGACGUGUUCCUAAACUUAACAGACCUCCGGAUCAGAGGAAAGCACUGCUGCGUGGGCUUACCACACAGCUGCUGAAGCAUGGAAGGAUAAAGACUACAAAGCCAAGGGCAAAGGCAAUGAGGAAGUAUGUUGAGAAGAUGGUCACGUUGGCAAAGGAUGGAUCUCUUCACAAGAGGAGGCAGGCUCUGGCAUUUAUUUAUGAGAAGCAUAUCGUCCAUGCCUUGUUUGCUGAGGUUGCAGACAGGUACGGGGACAGAGAGGGUGGUUACACAAGGAUCAUCCCGACAUUUCCGAGGCGGGGAGAUAAUGCACCUAUGGCGUACAUUGAGCUUGUCUAG